AUGACACGUGCUGAAACAAGCCCUGACUUUAUAAACUCUGAUACAUACUUUCUUCCUCAUCAUGCUGUUAUCAAGAAUGAUAGUGUUUCUACAAAACUCAGAGUUGUUUUCGAUGGUUCAUGUAAGCCACCUGAUUCACAUUCCUUGAAUUCUAUCUUGGCUGUUGGUCAAACAGUGCAACCAGAUUUAUUUGCUAUUCUCAUGAGGUUUCGUAUGAAUAGAAUAGCAUUUUCAGCAGAUAUUCAACAGAUGUAUCGGCAAAUUCUUGUUGAUUUUGCGGAUCAAGAUCUACAGAGAAUUGUUUGGAGGGAGUCGGAGAGUUCUCCAAUUAGUGAAUUUCGAUUAUGUACUCUUACCUAUGGUACUUCAGCAGCACCAUUUUUAGCGACGCGAGUGUUGCAUCAAAUUGGUUUAGACAUUGAAAACGAAGAUCCUACUGUAUCAUCUAUAAUUAAGAAUUCUUCCUACAUUGAUGACUUAAUGUCAGGUUCAAAUUCGAACGAAGAAGCUAUUGCAACAAUCAAAACACUUUCUGAAGUUUUGGAAGCUAGAGGAUUUCAUUUGAGAAAAUGGCAUUCUAAUUCUCCACAAGUACUGUCUGAUUCUUUACCUACUUCACCCAAAGAAGUUCAAAAUUUAGAGAUUCAUCCAGAUGAGUGCUCUAAAGCUUUAGGUCUCACGUGGGACUCCUUAAACGACUGCUUUGUUUUUAAAGUUAAUUUCAAAUUUGAAGGUAAUAUUACAAAACGAACAUUUUUAUCGCAAUCAGCUAAGUUAUUUGAUCCUCUUGGGUUUUUAUCACCAUGCACUAUUUCUAUCAAAAUAUUUUAUCAGCAGUUAUGGCUUUUGAAAUUGGACUGGGAUAGUCCUCUGCCUCAAGAACUUGCUACGAAAUGGAAGCUUUUCAAAGGAACUUUGAAAUGUGCUUAUGCUGCUGUCAUCUAUGCAGUGCAGCCUCGUUCUGAUGAGGUGUCAGAAGUAAUUAUUUUGACAUCUAAAAGCAAGGUUGCUCCACUGAAGUCUGUUUCAAUUCCCAGACUUGAAUUAAAUGGUGCUCUGUUACUAGCAAGAUUGUAUUCUUCGACAAAGAGCAUAUUUUCAGACUGUGAUAUCUCAUUCCAUGCAUGGACAGAUUCUCAAGUCGUUUUAACCUGGCUGUCGUCUCCUCCUCGUAAUUGGAAACCUUAUGUUUCUAACAGAACUUCUGAAAUUUUAGACUUAGUACCAGUUAAAAGUUGGUCGUUCGUCCCAACGAAGGAAAAUCCGGCAGACAUUGCGUCCGGGGGAUUAGCUCCUAAAUAUCUUCCGGAUUGCACAAUUUGGUGGAAAGGACCUUCGUGGCUAAAAUUAACUGAAGAAAGCUGGCCUAAACAACUACAUAGAGCUGAAAAUUCAGAAACUGUCUUGAAGGAGAAAAAGAACUUUAAAUUUAGUUUCAAUACUUCUGUUAAUUGUAGUAUCAUUGAUAACUUAUUUCAGAAAUUUUCUUCAUUUUCUAAAAUUAUUGAUAUAUUAGCAUUUUGUUUUAGGUUUAUCUCAAAUUGUAGAGUGAGAAAUCGUAAGCGAAAACCAGGUAUUUUGAGCAAUGAUAAACCAUUGCCACUGACUACAUCUGAAAGAAAGCAGGCAGGUAAAGUGGUAAUUUCUUAUAUUCAAUCUGCGUACUUUAGCGAUGAAAUUAAUUGCAUCAAGAAUGACAAGUCUCUACCAUGUAAAAGUUCAUUGCUAAGUUUAUGCCCAUUUAUUGAUAAAGAUGGCUUGCUUAGGGUGGGAGGAAGGUUGCAAAAUUCGCAGCUGCCUUUUAGUGCUAAACACCCAGUUAUUUUACCAGCUCAGCAUAAAAUUAGUUCAUUAUUAGUUAAACAUUUUCAUAUGUUACAUUUUCAUGCUAGUACUACUUUAUUACUAGGUAUUUUGCGCCAACAGUAUUGGAUUAUAGGUGCUAGAAAAAUUAUCAAAAAAUGUAUUCAUAACUGCGUUAUUUGUUGUAGAUAUAGAUUUUCUGUUUCAAAACAAAUAAUGGGUAAUCUUCCUGUAGAUAGAGUUACUCUUACUAAACCGUUUUCAGUGUGUGGGGUAGAUUAUGCUGGCCUAGUUAGUAUUUUGAAGCAUAGAGGUAGGGGUGCCAAAACUACUAAAGGUUACAUAGCGCUAUUUGUUUGUUUUGCCAUCAAGGCUCUACAUUUAGAGUUAGUUAGUGAUAUGACAUCUGAAACUUUUAUUGCUGCUUUGCGCAGAUUUUGUUCCCGAAGAGGAGCUCCAAAGCACAUCCAUUCUGAUAAUGGGGAUAUAGUCCUCAUAAGAGAGGAUAACGUUCCUCCUUCUAUUUGGCCUUUAGGUAAAAUAAUUGCUACCCAUUCAGGUAAGGAUGGUGUGUUUGGCUUUGGUAAGAAGAAAAAGAAGCGUUCCUCUGAAGUGUCCCGAGAAAAUUGUCCUCUUUGUGCGCAAAAGAAUGCCAAUCUGAAUGACUCAAGAUGCACAAUCGAAGUAUACGAGGAAAAGCAACGAAUGCUGCGUUCUGAAAGUGCACGAAAACAGCCUUCCUUUGAAGAAUUCCCAAUCAAACCACCUGUCGUCCAAGAAGAGGAAGUGAUUGUGGUUUGUAAAUGCACUCGCUGUCGAAGAGCUAGAGGCGAAGAUCCGCUGACCGUGGAACUGCUACCAAUGGAUGCACAAGUCACCCUUCAGAAUUCCAUACUGCAAAGUUCCCUGCAAGAUGCAGGCUUCAUGUGCGUUAUUAUUUGA